AAUCAGGUUCGCCUAAUGAGCGAACGUCCCGUUACGUAAUUAAUAUUCAUGAGCUAAGCCUUCCCCGUAGUAAGGUCCGUACAGUUGGGUUCGGUGUGUCCGGUCCGGGGCGCUGUUGGGCUGGAUUUCAUGGUUGGAGACUCAUCUUUGGAGCCACAUUCUCUCUUUCAUUACUUUCUCCCCUGAUCCGCAGUGUUUGUUGAGCGUCUGCCCGACUGGACUUGCUUCAUCAUGGCCGUCUGAAUUCAGACCCGAAUCCCAAUCUGAUCCCCUUUUCUCAAUCAACCAUCCCGAUCGCUCUGGGAAUCAUUUCUUUGGGAUUUUACUUCAUUUGUGCGCCAAUGUUCAAACAUGCAGCCUCCGCCAAGAAAGGUAAAAGUGACACAGGAACUGAAGAACACGCAUACGGAGCAGCUCGGACGCCUGCAUCUCAAACACCAGACAGAAUGUGAUUUAUUGGAAGAUAUGAGAACCUACAGCCAGAAAAAGGCCACACUGGAGAGAGAUUACGCGCAGGCCCUGCAGAAGUUGGCGAGUCAGUAUUUGAAGAGGGACUGGCCUGGGAUCAAACCAGAUGACCAGAGGACCGAUUACAGGAAUGUGUAUGGAGUGUGGCGGGCUUAUCUUGAAGGCACCGUGCAGGUGACCCAGUCUCGACUCAACGUCUGCGAGAACUAUAAGAACGAGAUCUCGGACCCCGCCAAAACUUUACGCCUCUACAAAGAACAGCAGCUGAAAAAGUGCAUUGAGCAGCUGGGUCGCAUCCAGGCAGAGCUCCAGGAUUCAGUAAAGGAUCUGGCCAAGUCCAAAAAGAAAUACUUUGAGCUGGAGCAGAUGGCGCAGACUGUGCGAGAAAAGGCCGACAUUGAGUCCAAGUCGAAGCUGGGUCUGUUCCAGUCCAGGAUAAGUUUACAGAAGGCCAGUGUGAAGUUGAAAGCGAAGAGGAGUGAUUGUAACUCCAAAGCAACCCACGCGAGGAACGAGUAUCUUCUCACAUUGGCGGCCGCUAAUGCACAUCACGACCGCUAUUACCAGACCGACCUGGCCUCCUGCAUCAAGGGUCUGGAGGGGAACGUAUACGAUCAUGUGAAGGAUUAUCUGAUAUCCUUUUGUCGGACGGAGCUGGAAGCAUUUCAAGCCGUCCACAGCACCUUCCAGUUCCUGCUGGAGAAGUCCAGUCGAGUGAUGCAGGACUUCAACCAGCAGCUGUUCCUGCAGGAGAACCCGGUGUUUCACAAAGCACAAGACUUCCAGUUCCAGCCCAGCGAUAGCGAUACGACUCUGAGCUCUGUGCAGCAGUUGGUGGACAUUGAGCCAUCGGCGGUCAGUGUGAUGAGAAUGACUCUAGCGCAGAGUCGACAGCUGGAAUCAGAGACAGGAACCACAGAAGAACACAGUCUCAACAAAGAGGCGAGGAAAUGGGCCACACGUGUGGCUCGCGAACACAAGAACAUCAUCCAUUACAAACGGGCUCUAGAGGAAUGUGAGACGCUCGGGACUCCGCCCACGGAACAGGGCCGGAAUGAGCUGGAAUUCCGAAUAGAGGAGGCCAAGGAGAACAUCCGCAAAGCAGAGACUCUGAAGCUGAAAGCAGAAGCGCGUCUGGACCUCCUGCGGCAGGUGGGUGUUUCUGUGGACACGUGGCUGAAGAGCGCCAUGAACCAGGUGAUGGAGGAGCUGGAGAACGAGCGCUGGGCGACGCUGCCCACCCUCACCACACACAACCUCUCUCUGUCGACCACGGUGGAUUUGGAUCGAGAGGAAGGAGAAGAAUUAGAAGAGAACAUGGAGACGUACGACGACAGCAGCUCGAGUCCGUCAGGAACCCUGAGGAACUAUCCGCUCACCUGCAAGGUGCUCUACUCUUACAAGGCCUCUCAGCCCGAUGAACUAACCAUCGACGAGCAGGAGAUGUUGGACGUUAUAGAAGAUGGAGACAUGGAGGACUGGGUGAAGGCGCGGAAUAAGUCCGGUCAGGUGGGCUACGUCCCAGAGAAGUACCUGCAGUUCCCCACGUCCAACAGCGUCCUGAGCAUGCUCCAGUCCCUCGCUGCUCUGGACGCACGCUCACACUCCUCCAGCAACUCCACGGAGCCUGAGCUGGCAUCAGGCAGCUUCAACGGAGACAGCAGCAUGAGUUUUGUUAAGGCCAUGUACGACUACGAGGGUCAGACAGAUGACGAGCUGUCAUUCCCAGAGGGAGCCAUCAUCCGCAUCCUCAACAAGGACAACCAGGAGGACGACGGCUUCUGGGAGGGCGAGUUUAACGGUCGGGUGGGCGUCUUCCCGUCCGUGCUGGUGGAGGACCUGACCGCCUCAGAGAACGGAGACGCUCACUGGGGAACAGACACACAGGUGUCCCCGUGCCAAAGGCUUCAUUCGUCUCUUCCUCCUCUGCCUCUGUAUGAUCAGCCGCCCUGUAGUCCCUACACGAGUCCUGAGACCAGCAGCGGUGCCUCGCUGCCCCGCUCACCGUCUGUCAACGGAGAACACAAACUGCAGAAAGCCACCGUUCAUAAUCACAAUUCCAGCUUGAGUCCAGAGAGCCCAGGCUUCUCUCAGCCGCUGAGACUCACUCCGGACGGAUCCGGCCCCGGAAAACUCAGACCUGUUCGGGCGGCCCCUCCUCCUCCAAAGCAGCAUUCGCGCAGACAGGUGGAGAAAACAGAAGAGGUGGAGAUCACGCUGGUGUAGAGCGCCGCCCUAGUGGACUGAGAACAAGCCCCAUCUGACCUCUAACUCCUCCCACUCCUCAUGGAAGGGGCGGGGCAUGUGUAUACCCGCCCUAUGAGCAUCCUUAGAUCCCGAAGGGCGGAGAACAGCAUCUCAAAGGCAUCCCUUUUCUUAAAAACGAACACCUCUUUUGGCGUCACAGACUGUUUGGUGCCUUAAACCGCUUUCAUGCCAAACUCUAAUCCUUGUAUUCGUAAUUAUGUUAUCUUGCAACGGGAGCUUGUUUAAAACUUUGUUAAUCUACUCAAUGCCAGUUCAAUUUUGCAAAAUUGAGGUUGAUGUAAGUGUGUGUCUAAAAACGUAGAAAGGAAUCAAGGUAAACCGAGAGUUUUAAAGAGCCUACACUUGCAUAUCCAUCUCUUCAGCGGCUUUUAAAGAGCCAAACAUGCAAUACUAGGAAUUGUGGGAGUGAAAAAGGGGUCAGCCACGAAUAGUCCUACCAUUUCCAUAUCUCUUAUGUAAUAGCACAGUACAUUACUGUCAUCAUAGGAAUGUUAAAUUCACGUUAAACAUUGCGGAUCACAACGGAGAAAGGGAAAUGUACAUAAAAGGCUACAAGGAAAAAGAAGAGAACGAGAGUUAAAAAGAGAGGAAGGCUGGUUACUUCACUCUUUUUUUUCUCAUCCGUUUUAGCUUCUUUCUGUCUUGUCUUGAUCUGAGAAAAGUACUAACAACGUAGCUAUAUCCUUUUCCACAAAUGUUCAUUAUGAAGACCAGUGUUUGUAUCUAUUACUAAUAUUUAGUCCUCAGAAACACGCGACCUAAAGACGCGUCUGUGAGCGUGAGGCGGCGAAUAUUCUGCGUCUGUUCAGGCAGAACGUAAUCGUGGAAAUGUACCGAUCAAAAUACAAGUAUAAGUUAAAAUGCUUUUCCAGCCUAAUGCAUUUCUCAUUGUCAUGUGUCGGCUCUGUAGAGGACUGAACGGUUGGGCUGUGUUUCUUUUAUUGCAGUAUUUAGGGUGAAUGCGAUGGGAAAGACUCCCUCCAACAAGCACAGAAAAGGUGGAUCAUCAUGGAGAUUUUUCUUUUUAACUAUUGCAGACGAACGCAAACCUAUUAGCGUGUCCUAAGUGCAUUUCCUCCCUACAAGGGGCAGCUAUGUUUUAUUUAUAUAUAUGUAUAUAUAUAAUAUACAUAUAUAAAGUUUCUUUGUCUUUUUUUGCAGUUGAAGAGACCGUUCAUCUUAAAUAAGCAAUGGCUUAUUUCAUUAAUUUCCACAGUAUUUUCAUGCAUAUCUUGAUAUUUUUCUGGAGUUUCAGUGCUUUUUCAGUGCAGACCCCUUCAUUUUAUUAGAUUUUUUUUUAAUGUCCUUGUGUCCCAGCUGCCCUCUUUUGGAUAAUGAAGCUGCCCAGCGUAGUUAUUGAUCUCGUGAGUGUGACUGAUCGUAGUUUUCCCAUAACAUUUGCAAGAGAACAGAGUUAUUAUGUUGAUUCCAUAUGAAUUUGUUUGUUUUUUUUUAAACCAAUUUUGUGAAAUGGUACCAUAGUUCUGUUAAGCAAGAACUGGGUCAUUUGGAAAAGAAUGUGUGUGAGACAUGGGAGGAAAAAAAUAACGUUUGUUUGGUAGCCUUUUUUUAAUCCGAGCGGAAGAUGUUUGAGUAUCUUCCCUUUGUUUCUAUUUACCUCUGUCACAACCUAUUUUCUUGUUGAUCUCGUUGAGAUCUUUUGAAUGUUAUCAAACUUGUUUUGAAGUUUAUGGUUAGUGGUUAAAGCCCAUUGUGUCAAAAACUGUUCUCGCCUAUGAAACGAACGCAAAUUUUGAUAUUUUAAUUUGCAUUUUUAAAUUGCGCUCCCAGUUUUCUCGGCCAGUUUCAACUCUUUGGAGCUUCUUCAAUAGCAUUAGCCGCAUAUUCAAGUUGUUUUUAUUUCUACAAAGAUUUUAUUUGCGUUUAUUAAAAUUUGAAGGUGAUUCUGAGCUGCUAGACAGGUGGAAUAACAACAAUUGACUGUUGCUGCAGUGACAAUAUUAGAGAACAGGUGAAAAAUAUUCUUUCUGCAUAUUAUUAGCUGUAAAAUUAUUUGUAUUUAUUGUGUACAAAUGUUAAAUAAAAAAUUGGGGAAAGUG